GAGCGGGGCCGGGCCGGGGCGGAGCGCCGGGCCGGGGCGAGGGCGGAGCGCGGAGCGCGGCCCCGACAUGUCCAAACACGUGUUUCUCACGGGACCCCCAGGGGUUGGAAAGACUACUUUGAUCCAGAAAGUCAGUCAAGCUCUAAAAUCCUCAGGUGUUCCCAUUGAUGGAUUUUACACACAGGAAGUUAGAGAAGGUGGCAGGAGAACAGGAUUUGACGUUGUCACUCUGUCUGGAAACCGAGGACCUUUAUCUAGAGUCAGUCCCAGUUCCGAUUCUUCUGCUUCAAGACGUGAAUACCGGGUUGGUCAAUACGUUGUAGAUCUUGUUUCAUUUGAGCAGUUGGUUCUACCUAUGCUGAGAAAUGUAAAUCAUGGUGGUGACACAGAGAAAAGAAUUUGUGUCAUAGAUGAGAUUGGUAAAAUGGAACUCUUCAGCCAGGCUUUUAUUCAAGCUGUUCGUCAAACGCUGGCUGGCUCGGGGACUGUGGUGCUUGGAACUAUUCCAAUACCUAAGGGAAAGCCACUGGAUCUUGUUGAAGAAAUAAGAAGUAGGAAAGAUGUUAAAGUGUUCAAUGUUAGUAAGGAAAACAGAAACAGCAUUUUGCAAGACAUCUUGGCAGCUGUGGAAUCCUGCAGAAAAUGAAGACCUUUUCUGUCUGUGAACACUAAAGCUUUCAUUUCAACAAAACAUUACAACAUUUCAUGGAUGGUUUAGAGUCUGUCCUUCCUGCUUUAGCCCCCUGAAGCCUUCAGGGUAAGCAGGGUAAAGCUGGUAAUAAUCUAAAAAGGCAUAGCAGGAUUGUAAUUUAUUCGGUUCACUGAAUUAAAAGAAAUUGAACAGAUGUGUAGCUAACAUCCAAUUCUAAUCUGGGUGUUUGGAAGUUAGGUGGUCAGCUCUGAUCCGAGUUACCUCAUGUGAAAACAAUUAACUGUAAAAUCUGUUUGAGAUCUUAGUCCUUCUGAGUGUGUCUGCCUACAGAUCAAUCCAACAUGUGCAACAUAGCCCUGGUGCAACAGAACAGAACCCUGUCCAAAAUGUGUAUGAGUCCUGCCUGGUGUAUGUAGGAGUCUGUAGCUGUUGGUGACCCAGCUUAGGUGUGUUCAGGUGUGUUUUAGCAUGGGUGCUGACAAAUCAGCAGGCAGAGGGAAUAAGCAGAUGUGCUCUCUCCUCCUACCCCCAGGCACUCCUGCCUGCAGUUGCAGUAUAAGGGUUAUCUAGAGUUUCAAGGAAACUUCCUGUAGUCAUGAGUGACAUUCGCAGAAUUCCAUUUUGGGAGGAAAAAUAGCCAAAUCUACCCUCUCAUACAAGGCCCAGAAACUAAUUGAUAAGAGGACUGCAUUUUGAAUUAAUUUUCAGUUUUCUGCUGGCAAUCCUUUCCCACACCCCCUUACAAAUGAUAUAUAUAAAGAUAUUGAAGUCCAUAAAGUUCAUCAAAUCUUGUGGUUUUCAUGCUGAGUUUAAGUCAUGAUUGACUUAAUACUGCAUUUGUCUAUAUUAAUUUUACAAUCUGCUGUGUUUAUUGAUACUUAUGUUUGUUUGGGGUUUUUUCCUUACUCAGUUCUUUACAUGCUUAAUGAUGGAAUGAGAAGUGUUUGAGAGUAUUAGACAAUGUGUUUCCCUGUGAGGAGUGCAAAUGUGUUCAGCAGAAGUGCUGCCAGUUAAUCAGUUUUGCAUGUUGUGAAACAGAAUUCCCUCCCAGGUGCACACUGUUCAUUGUAAAAUUUAUGGUCAUAUCUGGCUGAAGAAAGUUGUUAGAAAUUCAGUUGUUUCUUAACUCUUUUCCUGUUCUGUUCAAUGACUGUUAAAAUGAACAGACUAUUUAAAGGCAUCUUCAAGUAUCAUUUUAUUGAUUGAUUUCUGUAAAACUGACACCCAGAGCUGUAUAGGGCUGGAUGGGGACAGGUAUUUUUACACACACCCUGCAAACACCUCCAGGGAGCAUGGAGGGAAUGUCCCUUUUCUCUCCUGGAUGCAGAACAAGGGUGUGGUACAAGCAUUGCAUCUCCACAGGUGGAAGGAGGUGCAUGCCUUGUUAAAGGAUGCCACGGGCUCUUUCCCUCACUAUCUUGCUAGAGCUACCCAAAUCCAUUUGGAUAGUAGUACUGUCUUCAUCAUAUUUGGGGAAAACUCCUCUUGGGAUCUCCACUUGACAAUGUACAGCUUCUGGUUGCUUUUUGCACAAUAAAGUUGUGCCCUAAAGACACACUAAUCCAGAUUACUUAAUUGCUUCAGGCAUUCUGCUCAGACAAAACACCUUUUUUGAUGGGGAGGACUUGGGACCAAAGUAAACUUUGUCAGGGCUGUAUGCCAUAGGUUUUUGAACAGAAAACCGGCACCUAAGUGUUGGAUGCCCUCCCGUUUCAAUGUUAAGUCUCUUAAUCUGUAAAUUAUGCUGCAAAAGAAUAGUUCUUUCAAUGAUUAAAGAGUUACCCAAAAUCUAGCACAGUUUUAGUGGGAGUGCUGUUGAGUCUUAAAUGAGGACUGACCUUUAAAGCUAAGUGAAAAAUGGAGAGAUCUGACACUUCUCUGGUAGGUAGAGGUCAAAGAGAGGAGUUCUAUUAGGAGUCAGUCUUCUGAAUUCUGGUUCAGCCAGUAUUGCUUAGACAUCACUUAAAGUGGUGUUUAUUCCCCAUAAAAGUAGAUGGAUUGCCCUGCAUGUAGUGCCAUGAUGCCUACUGUAGUCCCAUCAUUUAGUAGAGUGUGGGGGGAAAAAAAACCCAAAUAAUUACAACAAGUUUGGGGAACUUUUGAUCAGUGCUUAUAGUACUUUUAAUCCAUUGUCUCAUGGUUCAAGGAAGAACUUUUGUACUGAGGCUAGAUAGUCAGCAGAAAAUGCAGGUGGAUUUUUUUCCUCUCUGGAACUGUGAGUGAAAUAUCAGCCCUUUUAAACUAAUGCAUAUUUUUGCUACUGACAUCAGUGUCUUUUGUUUUCUGCUACCUAUCUCAAGAUUGGUGAGUUCAUUAAUUUGUUGUUCUUUUUUUAAGCCUGCUUCCUCUCUGAGCUAGUGUGUUUUUCAAGAGAAAUAAAGAGAAGUUCUGUGA